CAAUUUUCGACUAUUUUUUAUAUUUCUCCCAGCUCCAUCCCCAUCCGCUAUUUCUUAUAUGAUCUCCUGGUUCUGCUGACGACAGACGUCUGCUGAUCUUCAAAUAUCAUGCAGUUGCUCUUUCGGAGCGCUUUUUGUCUAUCGCGUCGUCUCUGCCUAGAGCGGAGUACUCGCGCGUUCGCCACUUCAUCGUCUCUGUUCAACAGCAGCGACAACAGCAGCGACAGCAACAGCAAUGGCAACAGUUCAGACGAUAACCCGACACACUCAGAGGAAGACCGCAGCAGUUUGCCUAACGAUGCCCCCCGUCUUCCGUCGUUCUCUCAUCUGAUCGGCGACAAUGAUAUCGAUUUUACGUCUUACCCGUACGAACACACUUCAAACCAAUCUACGGACGUGCCGGCUAAACUCUCAGACGUUAUACAAGAAUUACCAGACAAUGAGCUCUUCAGUCAUACUCUUCAUCUCACCCAUCUACCCACCUCAACAGCUGUAGCUGCCGCAUCUCAAUCUAAAGUGCCUGCUAUUCGAAGCCGUGUCAAACGGAGGCCAAUUCGACGCAGUGUGUCUCAAUUUACAGACGUCAUGGUUAUCAAGCUGGCCUCCGGGGCAGGAGGUAAUGGAAAUGUGACUUUUUUUCGAGAUGCUGGUCACGCUAAAGGACCGCCUGAUGGAGGGGACGGUGGAGAUGGAGGUAGCAUCUAUGUCCAGGCUGUUGAAGGCGACAGUUCGCUGCACAAGUUGCAGAAACGUAUCAUCGCCGAAAAUGGCGAGUCAGGACGUCCGUCGCAGAUGGACGGCCGAAACGGAAAAGAUAUCAUUAUUCGAGUCCCCGUGGGAACCUACAUCACACUGGUUCCUGGAACUCAACUGACACGAGAAAAUCCACCUCCAGGCCAAGGAUGGAUUCAUUCGACUGGGUUUAAGGAAUUCAACGAAGAACGAGAUUUCUUCAAAGCCUUGAGGAAAAGAAAAGUUCUCGACGACAAAAUACAGACAAGAAAAGAAGAAAUCCAGGACGCUUUCCCGAAUGCGGGAAUAGAUCUCACCAAACCGGGGCAUCCUGUAUUGCUACUAAAGGGAGGUCGCGGCGGAUUGGGGAAUCGUCAUUUUCACACCGCCGAUAUUCGAAAUCCGCGGUUUGCAACCCAAGGUCGAGCUGGACUCAAGGGGAUAUUCAGAUUUGAGCUUAAGCUGCUUGCCGACCUUGGUCUCGUUGGUCUACCGAACGCAGGAAAGAGUACACUUUUGCGGGCGAUAUCAAGAGCGAGACCAAGAAUUGGUCACUGGGAGUUUACGACGCUGUCGCCAUCCGUUGGAACUAUCUCGCUCGAUAUAGCAACAGCGGAUGAUUCGUUUUCAGUGGCCGAUAUUCCGGGAAUUAUCGCGGGUGCAAAUUUAAACCGCGGUAUGGGGGUCGAUUUCUUACGACACAUCGAGAGAACAAAGGGAUUGGUCUUUGUUGUUGGCUUGGAUGGCGAAAAUCCUGCCGAUGACCUACGAGUCCUGAUUAAUGAACUGGGCCCAGAAAGGUUGAACGGCAAGAAAAAACUGGUUGUGGCCACCAAAGCAGAUCUGCCGCGGACUCAGCAAAAAUACAUACAGCUUGUGAAGUACGCGGAAAGCCUGGGUUGGAAGGCUUUGCCGGUAUCUGCUAUCAGGAAGGCCGCAGAUAUAGAAAUCAUGAUCAGACAGAUGGCUGCUCUUGCUGGCGUACUCAAUCAAUGAUGAAUCACAGUCAAAAGAAGUAGGUAUGUAUUCCUACUUCAAAGGUGUAAAUAGCAAUAGAAUGUUCAUGUAAAUACUACAGCUUUGAGA